UUCGCCAUAUUUCCGUCGGUAGGUCCAUUUGAUGCAGUCACCGAGUCGAUAGUUUGAAGACACCAUUUCUGCAGCUCGCGGCUUCUAUCUGGCUAAAAUUUUAGUUAUUUCAUGAAAAUCGCCAGCGGAGACUCUUGCUUGUCUUGCGAAGACUUGUGUACUUAGCCAUUUCCAAAUGUACGUAAGCGAUGGGACGUGCACCGCCACAACACUUCUAAAAAUGAACGAAAUACAGCAGCUCUCGUCUGUUGGUCUCCUCGAACUGGCGCAUCGGGAGUACCAAGCAGGCGACUACGAAAAUGCUGAGAGACACUGCAUGCAACUGUGGAGGCAGGAGACCAACAACACGGGCGUCCUGCUACUCCUUUCGUCCAUUCACUUCCAGUGUCGCAGACUUGACAAGUCGGCUCACUUCAGCACCUUGGCCAUCAAGCAGAACCCUCUUCUAGCUGAGGCGUACAGCAACUUGGGCAACGUUUUCAAAGAACGCGGCCAACUGCAGGAAGCCCUCGAGAACUACAGACACGCUGUUCGCCUGAAACCGGACUUUAUUGACGGCUACAUCAACCUGGCAGCCGCUCUCGUUGCUGCUGGAGACAUGGAGCAGGCCGUGCAAGCUUAUGUCACUGCCUUGCAGUACAACCCUGACUUGUACUGCGUGAGGAGUGACUUAGGUAAUCUGCUGAAAGCUUUAGGUCGUCUCGACGAGGCCAAGGCUUGCUACUUAAAAGCAAUUGAAACGCGGCCUGAUUUUGCCGUCGCUUGGAGCAACCUCGGAUGCGUGUUCAACGCCCAAGGCGAGAUUUGGCUGGCCAUUCACCACUUUGAGAAGGCCGUCGCGCUCGAUCCCAAUUUCCUCGAUGCCUACAUCAAUCUGGGAAACGUCCUCAAGGAGGCCAGAAUCUUUGACAGAGCGGUUGCUGCGUAUCUUAGAGCAUUGAAUUUGAGUCCCAAUAAUGCAGUGGUCCACGGAAACCUGGCCUGCGUUUACUACGAGCAAGGUCUGAUCGAUCUUGCGAUCGACACGUAUCGGCGGGCGAUCGAGCUUCAGCCCAACUUCCCCGAUGCGUACUGCAACCUGGCGAACGCCCUUAAAGAGAAGGGCCAGGUGCCCGAAGCGGAGGAAUGCUACAACACGGCUCUGCGCCUGUGCCCGACCCACGCCGACAGUCUCAACAACCUGGCCAACAUCAAGCGGGAGCAGGGCUACAUCGAGGAGGCCACCAGGCUUUACCUGAAGGCGCUCGACGUGUUCCCUGAGUUUGCGGCGGCCCACUCCAACCUGGCGUCGGUGCUGCAGCAGCAGGGCAAGCUGAACGAGGCGCUGCUCCACUACAAAGAGGCCAUUCGCAUCCAGCCGACCUUCGCCGACGCCUAUUCGAACAUGGGAAACACCCUGAAGGAGAUGCAAGACGUGCAGGGUGCGCUCCAGUGCUACUCGAGGGCCAUCCAGAUCAAUCCUGCGUUCGCAGACGCGCACAGCAACCUGGCCUCCAUCCACAAGGACUCUGGCAGCAUCCCCGAAGCAAUUCACUCAUAUAAAACAGCCCUUAAGCUGAAGCCAGAUUUCCCAGACGCCUACUGCAACCUGGCGCAUUGCUUGCAAAUUGUGUGCGAUUGGAGCGACUACGAUCUGCGGAUGAAGAAGCUGGUGUCGAUCGUGGCCGAGCAGAUUGAGAAGAACCGGCUGCCGUCUGUGCACCCGCACCACUCGAUGCUCUACCCCCUCUCGCACGAGUUUCGCAAAAUGAUUGCCGCCAGACACGCCAACUUGUGCGUGGAAAAGAUUCAAGUGCUGCACAAAGGCCCUUACAACUUCCCCGUGGAGAUCAGAGGCAGAUUGAGGAUCGGCUACGUGUCGAGCGACUUUGGCAACCACCCAACAUCUCACUUGAUGCAGAGCAUUCCCGGAAUGCACGACAAGAGCAACGUGGAGAUUUUCUGCUACGCACUCAGCCCAGACGACGGGACCACAUUCAGAUCCAAGAUUGGUCGCGAGUCUGAGCACUUCAUCGACCUGUCGACCGUGGCGUGCAACGGCAAGGCGGCCGACAGGAUCAACGCCGACGGCAUCCACAUCUUGGUCAACAUGAACGGCUACACCAAGGGAGCCAGAAACGAGAUCUUUGCUCUCCGACCGGCUCCGGUGCAGGUCAUGUGGCUCGGCUACCCUGGCACCAGCGGCGCUCCAUUCAUGGACUACGUGAUCACAGACGAGGUCACUUCGCCCCUGGAACUGGCCUACCAAUACAGCGAGAAGCUGGCUUACAUGCCCACCACCUACUUCGUCGGGGACCAUCGCCAGAUGUUUCCCCACUUGCAAGAGCGAGUCAUCCUCACAGACAAAAUAACUGCUAAGAGAGAACUUGCCGACAACGUUGCUGUCAUCAACGCAACCGAUCUGUCUCCGAUUCUGGAAAACACGCAAGUGAAAGAAAUCAAGGAAGUGGUCUGCUCGGUAUCAAAUGACCCCAACCUGAACGGCAGACCCGUAGAAGUAUCUAUGAAAGUGGCCGAGUUACCAACAACCACGCACAUUGAGACCAUGAUCGCGUCAGGACAGGUGCAAACCUCAGUCAACGGCGUCGUGGUGCAGAACGGCCUCGCCACCACCCAAACCAACACCAAAGCCGCCACCGGAGAAGAAGUUCCGCAGAGCAUCGUCAUUACGACCAGGCAGCAGUACGGUCUGCCCGAGGACGCGAUCGUCUAUUGCAACUUCAACCAAUUGUACAAGAUCGAUCCUCCCACCCUGCAGAUGUGGGUCAGGAUUUUGGAAAAAGUGCCCAACUCGGUGAUUUGGCUGCUGCGAUUCCCUGCCGUCGGCGAGACGAAUCUGCACAGCGCAGCGCAAGCUUUGGGUCUGCCAGCCGGCAGGAUUCUCUUCUCGAACGUGGCUGCCAAGGAGGAGCACGUGAGGCGCGGCCAGCUGGCCGACGUCUGCCUGGACACUCCUCUCUGCAACGGACACACGACCAGCAUGGACGUGUUGUGGACGGGAACUCCAGUCGUGACCUUGCCUGGAGAGACUCUUGCAUCCAGAGUGGCGGCUUCGCAGCUCACCACCCUGGGAUGUCCAGAAUUGAUUGCUAAAUCCUCAACCGAGUAUGAAAAUAUCGCUAUCAGAUUAGGCACAGACCGAGAGUUCCUGAAAGCAGUGAGAGUGAAGGUGUGGCAGGCAAGAAUGACGUCUCCUCUGUUUGACUGCCGUUAUUACGCAUCUUCCCUGGAGAAGUUGUACCACAAGAUGUGGGAAAAGCACGCAAGAGGCGAGAAGCCUGAUCACGUUUCUCUUAAAUAAAUAUCAUCUUGUCUGUAUGUAUUUUCUAAUUUA